AUGGACAAGAAGGUCUCUUCCUCAUGGGACAUGGGGCUCCUAAGGACUUUCGACUCAAAAGAGUUCUGUGGAUGGGAGAUGAUAGGAUCAGGAGGCUUUGGACAGGUCUACAAGGUGAAGCACAUCUCCUGGAAGACAUGGUUGGCCAUUAAGUGUCCUCUGCAUGUGGAUGAGAAAGAACGUUUUGAGCUGGUUGAAGAGGCCAAGAAGAUGGAAAUGGCCAAAUUCCGUUGUAUCUUGCCUGUCUACGGGAUCUGCAGUGACCCAGUUGGUCUUGUCAUGGAAUAUAUGGAGAAUCGAUCUCUGGAGAAGUUCUUGGCUGCUGAACACCUGCCAUGGGACUUGAGGUUUAGGAUUAUUCAUGAGACGGCGGUGGGGAUGAACUUCCUUCAUAGCAUGAACCCUCCUCUACUUCAUCUUGACCUAAAGCCAGCGAAUAUCCUGCUUGAUGGACAUUACCACGUCAAGAUAUCAGAUUUUGGACUUGCCCAGUGGAACGGCUUGUCAAAUUCCCAUGAGUUGAGCUUGGACGGGAUCUGUGGGACCAUCGCCUACCUCCCACCGGAACGCUUCAUGGAGAGGAAUAGGAGCCUCGACACCAAGCAUGAUGUAUACAGUUUCGCAAUUGUCAUCUGGGGAAUCCUCACCCAGCAGAAGCCCUUUGCAGAAGAGAAAAACAUUUUGCAUAUUAUGAUGAAAGUAGGAGACGGUCUGCGCCCCGACUUAUCGCAGAUACCGAGGGCUCGACCCCAACAGUGCGACGAGAUGAUCAAACUGAUGCAGCAGUGCUGGCAGGACAAGCCCAUCAGACGGCCAACAUUUCAAGAAAUUACCUCAGAGACAGAAUUACUGUGUACAAAACAUGAAGACGAGUCAAUUUCAGAGAUGGAUCAAGAAUUGGUUGCCCAAGCAACUGCGAACACCAAAGAGGAGGAUUUGGCCAACCUGUCAGAACCCAAAGGAUAUCCAAUGUAUGAGAAAGACUACAGUCUCUCCGAGCUUCUCUCCCAACUGGAUUCUGGGAUUUCACAAACCAUAGAAGGGUCAGAGAGCUUGUGUCACAGUGCUUCUGAGCCGGAGCUGGCACCUAGCGACAAGUGCCUCUCCAGAAUCUCCUCCAUUGACUCGGCAUUCUCGUCCAGAGGCUCUCUCAACUUGUCCUUCGAAAAGGAUGGCUUUGUAAAAGACCUUAAUACCACAGAGAUCCAGAAAAAGAAACUGAUUGACGCCAUUGUCGCCGGAGACGAUGCUAAGCUUCUUAAGAUCCUCCAGCCUCGAGAUGUUCAGUUAGUGUUGGAAGGGAGGUCAAGCCUUCUUCACUUGGCAGUCGAGAACGGACAGGAGGGGUGUGCCAAAAUGCUUCUCCUUUACAAUUCCAGCCCCAAUAUGACCAACUUGAAAGGUUCUACUCCACUCCACAUUGCUGCUGAAAAGAAACUGAAAGGUUUUGUGGAACUACUCCUUUCAAAGAAGAUCAACAUCAAUGCGAAGGAUGAAGAUCACUUAACAGCACUUCAUUUUGCUGCCCAAAAUGGAGAUGAGGUUAUAACUCGAUUGCUCCUGGAGAAGAACGCCUCUUUGAGUGAGGUUGACAGUAAAGGCCGAACACCUCUUCACGUGGCUUGCCAGCACGGUCAAGAAAGUAUUGUCCGACUUUUCAUACGACGGGGCGCAAACAUAAAUGUCCCAGGACUGAAGAACUGGGUGUCCUUACACUAUGCGACUUGGCAAGGUCAUCUAAAUAUUGUGAAGCUUCUUGCCAAGCAAUGCAAGGCCAAUCUGAACUGCCAGACAUCCGACGGAAGAACACCGUUGCAUUUAGCGGCAAAAAGAGGACAUUACCGAGUGGCUCGAAUCCUGGUGGAACUUGGUUGUGACGUAAAUAUUCCAAAUAUGCAGUUGAAGACACCUCUACACAUUGCGGCUGAGACGGGUCAUACCUGCACGGCCCGACUCCUUAUCCAUCAUGGUGCCAACAUCAGCGCUACUACUGUAGAGGGCUACACUGCCUUAGACCUGGCCAACCACUACCGGCAUUAUUCUGCUGUUAAGCUUCUGAUGGAUGCAAGACCAAAUCUCAAACUCCAAGAUUUGACUGUUUCACAUAGGUGA